CAUGCUUGGUGAUAGUCUGCGCAACGUUGCGUAGCUCUCUGGGAGCAGGUGAUCUGUGUCUGGAGAGUGCAGAUUGGCACCUGAUGGCUUGGAUGUUUGGCCUGGGCUAGAGGGCGCCCGCAGCCCUCGAUCUCCCGCAUGCCAUCGUCGACGGUAGCAUCUGUUAUACUUACUUGAGAGCCUGCGCAACAUCGCAGAGCUUUCCGUGCAAUUGAUAGACCGUAGAAUUGCACCCAAUGGCUUAGACGUUGAGCUGGCUCGAAGGUGCCUGCCCGCAGCCCUUGGUGCCUGCUGCUCGCACAGCUAAGGGCAGGCAAAACGGGCAAUCACCUGCUCUCUCACCCCAAUGCUAUCCAGCAGAACCAUUUUCCGCGUCCUCCAUAGACCAGCAUCGUAUUGCUCUCGCCUUGACUCCACGUGCAGCUGCUUUCCUGCCGCCGUUGUUCGCAUCAUCUCACGGCCAGCAUCAACCAUGUCAGCGCACCGCAGCGCCAACAUCAACGCCGAGCCUGGAAAGGCAGACAAUGGCGCGCUCAAAAGAACGACAUCAAGCUCGCCAUCUCCAUUCGAGAAGCCCAAUCUCACCCCUAAGAACGAACAUCGGCAUAUGGACUGCACACACGUCCCGUCUGGCGGGCUAGAGAUGGCUGAGAAGCAAGACGAUACCUCACUAUCACUGCAGCUUACAUACCGCAAGGGCGACAUGUUUGGCGACGUACCAAAAGGAUGUGUGCUGAUCCACGCGUGCAACACGCAAGGCCAUUGGGGCGCGGGCAUUGCCAAAGCGUUCAAACAACAAUACCCGAAAGCGUAUGCAGAGCACCACAGGUUCUGUGCAAAGGAACACACUAAGUCGCACCCAGUGCCAACAGGCACCGCGCAGCUCCUCACACCUCAAGAUGGCGCUGAGCAGCACUGGAUCGGCUGUCUUUUUACGAGUGCCAAAUACGGCAAGGCCAAGGACAAGCCAGACAUGAUCCUACGAAACACUGGCAGGUCCAUGCAGAUGCUGCUGGAGCUGAUCAGUCAGGUAGACAAGGAGAUUAGUCAGGUCCGCAUGUGUAAGAUCAACAGCGGCAGCUUCGGCGUGCCGUGGGAGCAGACGGAGGCAGUGCUCAAGGGCAUCGCACUGGAGCCGCACUGGAGGAUCAAGAUCGAGGUCUGGGAGCCUGAAGAAUGAGCACAGGAAGCGUUGCACGAGUCUGUCGAGCUGUCGAGCUGUCCACGGAGACUACAAGGACCCAGUCAGUAUACACACAUACAUAGCUCCAUGAUCCAUCAAUCAAGCCAUGAAG